GACGUCACAGGCGGGGUCUGGAACCUCUGACCCGGAAGCAGUGCCGUAGUCCCCAGUGGCGGUGGCUUGAAGGAGCGGACGUCGGUGCAACCAUGUCGGAUAACGAGGAUAAUUUUGAUGGAGAUGAUUUCGAUGAUGCAGAUGAAGAUGAAGCGAUGGACGAUUUGGACAAUGUGGAGGAGGAAGACCGUGAGAAUGUGGAGAUCCUUCCCGCGGCAGAUGGACAGCAGGCCAACCAGAAAAGGAUCACCACCUCCUACAUGACCAAGUACGAGAGAGCCCGAGUACUGGGAACGCGGGCUCUCCAGAUAGCGAUGUGUGCCCCGGUCAUGGUUGAGCUCGAAGGAGAGACAGACCCACUGCAGAUCGCAAUGAAAGAGCUGAAGGCUCGGAAAAUCCCGAUCAUUAUCCGACGUUAUCUGCCGGAUGGAAGCUAUGAGGAUUGGGGAGUGGAUGAGCUGAUAAUUGCAGACUGACUUUUGCUGCUCUGUCAUAUUACUUUGUACAUGUUUCCUCUAUUUAAAUGUAGCUAUUUUUUUAUUGCAUACUUGUUUUUGUAAAAUAAACAGUGUUUUCUGUUGA